AACACUUAGAAGCAUAGGGGGGAAAAGAAAAAAGAAAAGGAGUUAUGGGAGUUGAUAAUAAAGUUUUGAAAACAUAUUAUGAAGUUUCUUUGCAUAAUAGUCCUAAAGAUUGUUGGGUUAUCAUAAAUGCUAAGGCAUACAAUGUGACAAACUUCCUAAAUGAUCAUCCUGGUGGUGAAGAAGUCUUGUUGGCAGCAGCAGGUAAGGAUGCAAGUGAAGAGUUUGAAGAAGCAGGACAUGGGAGUGCAGCAAGAUUGAUGCUAGAUGAAUUCUAUGUGGGAGAAAUUGAUCCUUCUACAAAAAAUAAUGCCACUUUGGGCACAACUUCAUCAACAAAUUUUGUUCAAAAGCAGAAUAAAAUUGAUUAUUAUCAAGGCAAGUCAUCUAGGCAAUAUGUAAAGCUUCUUCAAUUUUUGGUGCCAAUUGUAAUCUUGGGAUUGGGAAGUACUCUACUUAACUUUUGGUAUUGAAAGGAAGAAAAAAAACACUUUAGUGUUUGGCUUUUCAUUUUCACAUUUGUGUCAUUUACUGAUGGUUCAUCGAAAAU